AUGAGCUCUCAAGACGACGGGCUCUACGCCCAUUCUCCCAAUAAUACCGGGUAUGGCCACGAUGCCGAGAAAUUCAGCAACGGCGAAGGCAACUUCGAAAAUGUUCACAUCCGCGGCUUGGAGACUUCAGCCGAGACGUCUCUGCAUCGCGGUCUCAAGGCCCGUCACAUUUCCAUGAUUGCCAUCGGUGGCGCUCUCGGCACAGGUCUCAUCAUUGGUACUGGCAAGGCUCUCGCUCAAGCAGGACCUGGUUCAUUGCUCAUUUCGUACUGUUUCGUCGGACUUCUCGUCUUCGGUGUUAUGGCAUGCUUGGGAGAAAUGGCGGCUUGGUUACCUAUGAGUGCUGGAUUUACGGGCUACGCGACGCGAUACUGCCACCCAUCGUUGGGAUUUGCUCUUGGCUGGACAUAUUGGUUCAAGUACAUCAUCACCACUCCGAAUCAGUUGACGGCUGCCGCCUUGGUCAUUCAGUAUUGGCUGCCUCGAGACAAGGUCAACCCAGGUGUCUGGAUUGCCAUCUUCUUAGUCAUUAUCAUUGUUGUCAAUUACCUAGGGAUUGAGCUCUUCGGCGAGCUGGAGUUUUGGUUGUCAUCUUUCAAGGUCAUUAUCAUCGUCGGUAUUAUCAUCUUCUCUCUCGUUAUUGCGUGCGGAGGUGGCCCCGGUGGCGAUGCUCCUGGCUUCCGAUACUGGCAUAAUCCCGGCGCAUUUGCUGAGUUGUACGCCGAUGGCGCUUUGGGCAAAUUCCUCGGCUUCUGGUCUGUCAUGGUCAACGCAACUUUUGCUUACCUUGGAACCGAGCUGGUUGGUGUCACUGCUGGUGAAGCCCAGAACCCUCGACGAAGCAUUCCUAAGGCUAUCAAGCUUACUUUCUUCCGUAUCCUCUUCUUCUACUGCCUCAGUAUCUUCCUUAUCGGCAUGAUUGUUCCCUACAACAGCCCAGAUCUCGCCUUUGCCAACAAGCAAUCAACCAGCGCUAACGCCUCGCCUUUCGUUGUCGCGGCCACUGUCGCCGGUGUCAAGGUCCUCCCGCACAUUAUCAAUGCCUGCAUCCUGGUCUUUGUCUUUUCCGCCUCCAACUCUGAUUUGUACAUUGCGACCCGAACUCUCUAUGGCCUUGCGUCAGAUAAUGCAGCCCCAGCUAUUUUCAAGAAGACGAAUAAACGCGGCGUGCCCUACCCGGCGCUUGCCCUCUCUUCAACGAUUUGUUGUCUGGCAUUUAUGAACGCAUCUACCAACAGCACGGUGGUCUUUGGCUAUUUCGUUAACCUUGUUACUAUCUUUGGUAUAUUGACUUGGAUUUCCAUCCUUGUCACCUACCUCUUCUUCCUGCGCGCUCGCCGCGCCCAGAACAUUCCCGAUAGUGCCAUGCCUUAUGUCGCUCCUCAAGGAUUCUGGGGGACCGUCAUCUGCUUGGCCUUUGUCAUUCUUAUUAGUUUGACAAAGAACUUCAACGUCUUUAUCCACACCAAAGACUCCGAGUUUGACUACAAAAACUUCAUUACAGGAUACCUUGGAAUUCCUCUAUAUAUUGCCAUGCUCUUCGGACACAUGCUCCUCACCGGCAGUCGAGGUGUCAAGCCUCACGAGGCAGACUUUUACACCGGAAAAGACAUCAUCGAUUCGCAGGAGGCGGACUACCUGGAGCAAGAACAGAUUAAGAACGCAGACAGCCAGGGCGCGCAUAAGUUUUACAACCGCUAUGUUGCAUGGCUUUUCUAA